AUGUCAAUAUUACAAAAACUUAUUUUACUUGAAGUAGAAGAACUAGAGUCUGAAGUCACACUGCACGCUACUUACAUCUCUUCUCGUUUCCAGUGCGCGCUGCCGCUAGCUUGCGAGGCACAGCUCACAGUUGCCGCUAGCUUGCGAGGCACAGCUCACUGCGGCCGCAUGCUUGCGAGGCACAGCUCACAGCCGCCGCUAGCUUGCGAGGCACAGCUCACAGCUGCCGCUAGCUUGCGAGGCACAGCUCACAGCCACCGCUAG